CAGAAACAGGUUACAGAAAUGAAAGCACACCAAACUGAAGUGUGCACAGAGACAAAGAGGCUUUAUCUUUUAGCGUCUUCUUAUAAACCUUAAAAAUGAGGGUUAUUUGUGUGACUCUCCUGAUUCUCUCCAGCUUUGUGGAAUCUCAAUCAGAGGGAUUCCAGGUGGUCGGUCCAGAAGCUCCUCUUGUUGCUGUAGCUGGUGAAGAUCUGGUUCUUCCCUGUUUUCUCAAACCCAACACCAGCGCUGUGGACAUGACAGUGGAAUGGAUGAGACUAGAGGAAGUGGCUUCAUUAGUGCAUCUCUAUGAGGAUCAUGAAGACAGAAAUAAAAAGCAGGCUCAGCCCUACAGAGGAAGAACAUCACUAUUUAAAGAGGAGCUACAGAAAGGCAAUGCUUCACUCAAACUCUCACCUCUCCGAGUCUCUGAUGAAGGAAGCUAUAAGUGUCUCAUUGAGGACAAAUCCUGGUAUGAUGACAUCACUGUUCACAUCAUUGUUGAGGCUCAGGGAAGCCACCCAGUGAUCAUGAUGGAGAGUUAUGAUCACUCAGGAGGGAUUAAUCUAGUGUGCGAGUCCAGAGGCUGGAAACCUGAACCUGAGGUUGUGUGGCUGGACAGAGAAGGAGCCGCUCUGCCUGCUGAAGAUACACAGGCACACAGAGACACUGAGGGCUUCAGUGUGAAAAGCCGCACCACUGUUUAUGAUUAUAGCGACUCCAACAGAUAUUACUGUAGACUUCAACAAAAACAUCACAUGAUGGAGACAGAGGUCAUCAUUAAUCGUAAAGUCUUUGAUGCUUGGAGGUGGGUUGUCGGUGUUUCAGUUUCAGCAUGUCUUAUUGCUGCCGGAUCGAUAGCAAUUGCAGUUAUCUGUAACAAGAAAGAGCUUCAAAAGGAGAAGCAAAAUGCAGCCUCAGAGCUUCAAAAGGAGAAGCAAAAUGCAGCCUCAGAGCUUCAAAAGGAGAAGCAAAAUGCAGAGUUGCAGAGAAAGAGAUCAGAAGAAGAGCGAGAUAAGAAGAAAAAGUUAUUUGCAGUGGAUGUGACUCUGGAUCCUGAUACAGCUCAUCCUGAACUCAUCCUGUCUGCUGAUGGAAAACAAGUGACAGAUGGAGACAAGCGGCAGAAACUCACUGAUACACCACAGAGGUUUGAUCUGUAUCCCUAUGUUGUGGGAAAGCAGAGUUUCUCCUCAGGGAGAUUUUAUUAUGAGGUGCAGGUCAGAGGGAAAACUGUGUGGGAUUUAGGAGUUGUGAGAGAGAACAUUAACAGGAAGGGGUGGAUUACACUGAAACCUCAGAAUGGAUUCUGGACUGUGGGACUGAGGAAUGAGAAUCAGUACUGGGCUAAUGCUGAUCCCGCUGUCCCCCUCCCACUGAGAGAGAAGCUGGAGACGGUGGGGGUGUUUGUGGAUUAUGAUGAGGGUCUGGUCUCCUUUUAUGAUGUGAAGUCCAGAUCUCAUAUCUACUCUUUCACUGCUCAGUCUUUCACUCAGAAACUCUAUCCAUUCUUCAAUCCUUGGUUCAGUUAUGGAGGUAAAAACGCAGCCCCACUGAUCAUCUCUCCUGUAUUUAAACCUGAAUGAAUUUUCACCUCACAGAUUUAAUCAGCUAUUAAAUGGUGAGAAUCAAAAGAAAUAUUUUACUUUUUCUGGUGAAUGUUAGAAAGACAUUUCCCCUUUUAAAGUGCCGUACAGUUUAUUUUAAUACCUGGGGUUUGUUUUCUCAUCAAUAAAUCAUUUGAAUCCUCCAGUCUGUUUUUUACACAUUAUGAUUGUGGAAGUUUGUCGUUGCGAAUCAAAUCUGAAUAAAGCUGAUUUACAGUUCACACUGAGAUUUACUGCAGAAUUGAAUCUGAUCAAUAAAAUGGAUGAAGUUCA